UACUAAAAUACUAAAGUACAGUUAUUACACUAUACUGACACUGACACUAUAAUUGAAAGUGUGGUAAAAUAGUAACGGAAGGAUUAUUGACAUUUAAAGAAUGUAUCCCAUCAUCUCACCUCACCCACGUAAAUACCUGGGUCUCCUUAUAAAAAGUUUCACCAUAUCAAUGAUUAUGCUUUGUUCUUUAUAUUCUUUACAAUUAUAUCAACAAAAGUAUGUGGACCCCUGAGUACUGAACAUUUAAUUCCAAAACCAUGGCCAUUAAUGUGGAGCUGGUCUAUAAUUGGUUGUUCAAACAACAACAAAAUUGUGUGCAACAAGCCUCUCAUAUGGAUGGUAUGUUCAGGUGACAUAUACGUUUGGCUAUAUGAUUUAAUGCAAUGACAUGUUUAAUGUGAUAUCCCUGAAAAAGCUGUUAUAGAAACAAUAACAUGUUAGAAUUGUGUUCAUAUAAACAUGUGGUAAAUACCUAAUGCUGAAGUGAUAAAUGGUAUUAUUUUUAAGGACUAAGUGCUGUGCUGCAUUGGAAUUGUGUUACAUCGUAGUGCAAUAAUGUUAGAGGAAAAAGUGAUGAAUCGUUGAUCUCAUGGUAUAUAUAAAAUAUUUUCAAUAUUCUUGUAUUAAUUUUAAAUACGCUUGCAAUACAACUUAUUUUUGUACACAGGGUCUGUCUGUCUGUCUGAGAACACGGAUCUUUGGGAAAAAAAUAAGGAUGACAAAAUGUAUACAAAUCUUCUACAGCUCUGGAUUUAGCAACAUGUUUGAUAACACAGAGUCUGACCUGCCCCCUGGAAUUCAGAGCAACUGAUGACCUGUAACUAGACUCCAUGUUGCAGUGGUCCUGUCACGUUAUAUAUCCACAGUGCCAGCCUUUUUCUAUUUUUAACAUUGAGUCACACAGCAAAUUUAAAUACACUCAGUCUUUCAGCAACAAAGCAGGACACAAGCAACACACUGGUCGGCUGUAGGACAACCUUCAUAUUGACCUACAAGUCUGAUACCAUGAUAUAUAUUUUCCUGCCGUGUUAACCUGAUAGUAUAAUUCCAUGAUCAAGCUUUGAUGACCCACUGAUAGAUAUGGGAAGACAAAGGACUUCAGGAUCCAAACUUCAUACACACUGUGAAAGCUGCCACAACAGACGCUGUAAAGUUUCGAUAGAGAUCUCUGUAUCAUGCAUGAUAAUCAACUGCCGCAUGAUGUGUGGAGCAUCAUUUCACAUGUGCAAAGAGGAUGAGCACAUACUGCUUUGUCCUAAUGAAAAGGUGCCCUGCAUCAAUGCGUACUAUGGCUGCCCUUUCACAAUGUGUCGCUCGAAGCUUGCCAAACACCUGGAAGUGUGUCCUGCUAGUGUUGUGGUCUGCUCCAUGGAGUGGAAUCGAUGGCCCAUUGAAGAUUCAGAGCCUCCUGAGUUCUACAAAAAUAUCUUAAAUGAGAACUACACCCAGGAGCCUCUGGAUCUUUCCAUGGCACUGCGAGAUCAGAAGCAUUUGUUUCAGUCACUCAAAAUGAAAAAUAUUUUUCCUGAACUUAUUGAGAAGAUAGAGGAGAAAUCUGUCAUUCAAGAAAUUGAGGGAGCUGUUGGAGGGGCACCUAAAGAUGCACAAGAAGACUUAACAUCUAUAAUUGAUCUCUCAGGCCUUGAACCUGAGGAGAGGGAGUUAACUCAGGAAGAAAGAGAGGCAAUAGCAAGGGACACUAAUGUAUCAGGCAUCGGAAGGUAUGACGCUUGGGAGAGGAUGUUCAGUAUGGAGCUGAGUGGUUGCAAGCAGACAGUUAAAACACUAGGCACCAAACCUGCUUCCCGUAGCACUGAGCUGAAACGGCAAGAAAAUCUGAGCAAAUUUGAAAUACUUAAAGAGGAGAUGGAAACAACAAUGGGGAAUUCAGACACACUUACUUAUAUGCCACAUUUCAAUCCAUAUGAAAUGGAUGAAGAUAAAUUUUUGAUAGCAGCAUCUUUAUAUGCUUGUGACACACGUCCAAUAAAGACGUUUGUAUACGAACAUUUGGAGCCCAUGAAGAUCAAAACUGUGAGAUCAUUCAAAGUUCCCACCAGCUUCAAGGCAAGGCCAAGUCGUAUACGCAAUCCUUUUCAUUACAAAAAAGAUACAAAAGCUGUGGACACAGCAGACCUGAGCACUCAAAUGGAGGAAAAGCCAAAAUGGGAUGAGGUUCAAGCAACCCUACUGUGUUCUCUGGAGAAGGAACUCAGGGGACACCUCAUUGCAGAAGCCAGUGCUGCAGAUGCGCUUCUUAAGGAUGAAGGAACUCAGACUUAUGACUUUUACUCUGCUCCUUUCAAAGCAAAUGCAUCACUGGCGGAUCUCACAGUAGACAGGGCACUGCAGCUUCAUGUACAGAUACAUACAGAGAGUGUCACCAAUAGGCAUAACAAAUGUAGCUCUGCAUUCACUUACCUUUGCAGCCACUCAUACAGACGAGAUGAGUUUUCCUCUCAUUAUAAGAAUGUUCACUCAGAUAUCCAGUUCUGUUUAAAUGGCUGGUUUCAACACAGGUGUCCUUUGGCUUAUUUGGGUUGUACCUUCAGCCAGAGGCAACUAAGGCCUUUCACGCACAAAGCCAUGGUCUCCUAUGACAAAGACCUCAGCACAUUCACUCUCAGACCUGAAGUACCAUCCAUUCUCUAUGAAGGUGUGGCAAAUGUGACUACGGAUAGGAAACGAGCACGGAACCAGGAUGCUCUGAGCAAGUUGCCUUUUGAGAUUCUCAUCCACAUUGCUGGGUUUCUGGACAGUUUUACACUGUCUCAGCUGGCUCUUGUAUCCCGGUUGAUGAGAGAGGUGUGUGGGGUUUUGCUGCAAGAAAGGGGCAUGGUCUCAAUCAAGUGGGAGAAGAAAAUCUACUCACAUGGUGGAUGGUGCUGGAGAGCUAGACAUAAGGUCUGGGAAUUCAGCAACUUGUUUUACCCUGUGGAUAACUGGUGCUUGGAUAAUUUCCCUUCAAUGUCUGAGCACCUAAAAGUCUGCCCCUAUUAUGAGAAGGAGAACAGAACAGAUCCUGUACCCUUAACUGGUGUCUUUGAUUGUGAAGAAGAUGAGAAAGCGCAGAGUCUUGUGUCCAUGUUUAUCAGGAAUCAAUAACAUUUGUUGAGGAAAAGUGUUGAGAUUAUUAAUAAGGUGGUGUGAUGCAGCCUCAUGUUAGUUACUGUUAUGACUCUAAGACUGAUUAUUUUCCAAUAAUGACAUGUCCCAAAAUGUUUUAUCCCACUUAUAGCACAGCAAUUUGAGUACAAUUUUUCAGAAUUUAUUAAAGAACAUUUUAACCAUUUACAGACACAUCUAAUGAUGUGGAAUGCUGCAAAACAAUAGACAAACAAAAUGCUGUCCUGAAGAGUUGCUGUGACUGUUACACUGGACACUCCUUCCAUUAAUUUUAUAUAACGAGAACAUUUUAAUAUAUUAUUAAACUAGAAACCUAACCAUUAGAAUAAAAUGAGGAAUAAAUGCAUUAAAAGAAACCUGUGAUUUGCCUUGCAGCUAGCAUUACAUUACAUUUCUAAACCCAUGCAAUGGCAUGUCCAUUAUCGUGAUCUCUGGUCCUGAUUAAUGACUAGACUUCAAUGAGCCAUGAAUGAUGUCAUACUUCCACCCCUCUCUAAUAUAAAGCAAUAUUAGCUUAAUCAUUUUACAUUGUUUUCCUUGUAAUGGAUGCUGUUUGAGAAUGUAAAAGAGCAUAAGAGGUUAAUAAAAGUGAACAAUUUGAACACUUAAUUUUAAAUUAAUUGGGUUAUAUUGAUGUUUGUAAUUCAGUCUUCUAUAUAAAUCUUUAUGCUUUUGGAAGUGACACUCAAAAUAUGUUUUUAAUAUAUAAAAUUAUUUUUUGACCUUUUCCA